CACAGUGGCUCCCACAACAACCACAGAGUCUCCCACUACAACCACAGCUGAUGUUACAACAACCACAGCAUCUCCCACAACAACCCCAGCUGCUUCCACAUCAACUACAGCUGCUGCUACAAUAACAAUAGUUUCUCUCACUAAUACCACCACAACAACAACAGCAGCUUUUGCUACAAGAACAACAACAGUUGCUCUAACUACCAACACAGCUGGAGCUACCAUAACUACAUCUAACUCCACAACAACAACAGCCUCACCUACAGCAACCACAGCUGCACCAACAGCAACCACAGCUGUACCAACAGCAACAGUAACAAUAUCCCCAGCUGCUGCUAUGACAACAACAGCUACCCCCACAACAACUGCAGCUGCCCCAUCAACAACCACAGCAGUAACAACGUUAACCACAGUGGCUCCCACAACAACCACAGCUGCUCCCACAGCAACCACAGCAGCACUGUUGACAUCUACAGCUGUUUCUUCAACAACCACAGUCAUCCCCACAACAACUUCAGCUACUCCCAUAACAACCACAGCUGCUGCCACAACAAUCACAAUUUUACCCAUAACAACCACAGCCACCCACACAGAAAACACAGCUUAUCCCGCCUUAACCACAACAACCACAGCAGCAGCAACUACAACUACAGCUCCAUUUACAAAAACAGUAGCUCCCACAACAACAGUGGCUCACUCAAAAGCUACAGCUGCCCCCACAACAACUAAAGCUGCUGCUACAAUAACACCAGUUGCUCCCACUACAACUGCCACCACAACAACAACAGCAGCUUUUGCCACAAGAACAACAGCUACUGUAACUACCAGCACAGCUGGUGCUACCACAACUACAUCUAACUACACAACAACCACAGCCCCACCUACUGCAACCACAACAACCACAGUUGCCCCUACAACUACCACUGCUGCAGCCACAGCACCAGGUGCUGCUACAACAACCCUGGCUUCUCCCACAAUGACCACAGCUUCACCAUCAACAAAAACAACUCUUGCUCCAACAACUACUGUUUCCCCAACCACCGCAUCCACUGACCCUCCAAGAGCAAAUGAAGGUGCACUUAUUCUACAGUUCCGGAUGAAUCGACAAUUUUUGGAAGCCUACAAAAAUCCACAGUCCCAGGAUUACUUUACUUUGGCUUUAAAUGUCACAACUGAGUUGAAUCGAGGAUACAAAAAGGUAUAUCCUGGAAUCUUCCUCAGAUGCAUCAUCAUCAGUUUCUGGUCUGGUUCUGUGGGUGUGACAACCAACUUAAUCUUCACAAACCAGUCUGUGGUCCCUAACGUUACAAAUGUAGAGGACUCCCUCAAGACAUCCAUCAACAUGUCCAACGUCUUCUUAGAUGUUAUUACUGACAGUAUCAAAGCGGAAUUACAGAAUUCCACGACUACUACUACUGCAACCACCACAACAGCAGCUACACAAACUACAGUGGCGACACCUACCUAUAGCAGCACUAUGGCAAGAAACAGACCUCAAGAAGUGGUCACUUUACUACUUGUUUUAAUGCUGAUCUAUUUCUUCUUAACAGAAUAACUCUAGGACUGAAAUAACCCCAUUAAGUAUGACAUAUUCUAUAAUAAAGGCAUAUAUAACUUCAGCUAUUAAGAUUAAGAUAUGUUAAGAAACUACUAAUAAUCAAAUAGUUAUAUCUUAGUUAAAGUAAUUGCUUGUCUAUAUGAUUAUGUAUAAAACUGUUUGUCUAAUUUAUUUUUAUAAAAUGUACCUCAAGAGAAAAUAAUUCACAAAAUAAUGCUGGUAAUGUAAUGAAGCUGAAAGUAAAUGUGUGAUGUUUUUCUAUUUAUAUGUUGUUUUAGUAUAUUGCAAUAGACUAUGAAUAAUAUAAUAUAAUAUAAAUAAAUUUGUAUACAAUGAAGUUAACUAAGGAAAUUAUAAAAUUCUUGGAAACCUAAUUGUCUAUUCUGUAAUAUAUAGUUUCUUCUUAAUUGUAACGUAACUCUUGGCAAACAUUGCAAUCUUUGGAAAUUACUUUGAAAACGCUUGAAUAAAUAAUGCCAAAGAAAAACACAUAAAUAAAUACACUUUAGACUGUAGAUGUAUUGUAAUAAAUCUUAAAUAAACACAAAUUGAUCUUA